UUAUCUUCUCGAUAUGCUGAAAGGAGCCCAAUAACAUCCCUGGAGAUACCUCAGGGAUCGUCGAGCUGCUAGUAUUAAGGCCUUACCAUGGACCUGUGCAGCUUAGCUUUACUCCUGGGUGCCCUGAUCUGCUCUGUUGGUGGUACUGAGGUGGAAGGCUACGCUAAAACUGAAGGAGCAUGGAUCCUCGCCCUGCAGAGAAGAGAGUAUUCAUCAAACAAUGUGUUGGCGUGUGCCGCCAAAUGUGAAGCUGAAACAUCCUUCACAUGCAGGUCUUUCAUGUAUAUUGAAAAAGAUCAAGAGUGUUGGACAGCAGCAGCUAACUCUAAAUCUGAGACUAUCCUUCGAAGAAGUAGCGCAGCGUUGUAUGAAAAAAAAGGAUACCUCUUGGAGUGUGUAAAUGGAUUAGGAAAAGAUUACAGAGGAACAAAGAGCCAAACAAAAACAAAGAAGACAUGUCAGAGAUGGGCAGGAAGAUACCCACACAGACCUAACUUCACUCCGGACGAACACCCACUAGCAGACCUGGAGUCCAACUUCUGCAGGAAUCCCGAUGGAGACAGCGGAGGACCCUGGUGUUACACCACGGACCCGGACACCCGCUGGGAAAACUGCGACAUAGCCAGCUGCACUGAGGAGUGUAUUCACUGCAGCGGUGAGAACUACAGGGGCAAAAUCUCAACUACGGCCAACGGCUUCACCUGCCAGCGCUGGGACUCCCAGAAGCCUCACAACCACGGCUACAUCCCCAGAGCUCUUCCGGAGAAGUAUCUUGAGGAGAACUACUGCAGAAACCCAGAUGGAGACCCCAAACCGUGGUGCUUCACUACCAGCACCUCCAAAGCUUGGGACAUCUGCUCCAUACCCCGUUGCACGUCCGAGCCUCCCACCAUCGUCCCAGAGCUCACCUGUGCCACAGGCGAGGGUGGAGCGUACCGAGGCACCAUUGCUGUGACGGAAUCUGGCAAAACGUGCCAGAGCUGGUCCACACAGACGCCACAUAAACACAACCGCUCGCCAGACAACUACCCCUGCAAAGGCCUGGAUAGCAACUACUGUCGUAACCCCGACAACGAGAGGACGCCCUGGUGUUACACCACUGACCCUGACACCCGCUGGGAGUACUGCAGGGUGCCCAGCUGUGGGGACGCCGCCGGACCAGGUGACCCAGUGAUCCCCACGGAGGAGGAAGACUGCUACAAGGGGGACGGAACAAGUUACCGUGGUGUAACAUCAGAGACCAUCAGCGGGAAAAGAUGUCAAAGCUGGAGUGCCAUGACUCCUCACAUGCACAAAAAAACUCCACAGAUCUAUCCUCAAGCGGACCUCAGGAGGAAUCUGUGCAGGAAUCCUGACGGAGACAAAGCUCCCUGGUGUUACACCACAGACCCCGGAGUCCGCUGGGAGUACUGCAACUUGGAGAAAUGCUCGGGAGGCGAACCCGCACGCAAACCUCUGAAUCCUGUGAGCGCUUCAACCCCUGCUUCAACCCCUGCUUCAACCCCAGCAGAGAUUGACUGUAAGACUGGAAAUGGAGAAACAUACCGAGGUCCAACCUCCGUCACCAAUCUGGGUGUGACCUGCCAGGCCUGGAAUGCUCAGAGCCCUCACCAACACACAAGCUUCACCCAAUUAAGUCACCCCAAUAGUGGUCUGGACGGCAAUCAAUGCAGAAACCCAGAUGGCGACGUGAACGGGCCGUGGUGCUACACUACUGACAGGAACCAGAAAUGGGACCACUGCCAGAUCCCAGACUGUGAUCUGUUGAAAUGUGGGACGCCGGUCACCAAACCAAGGCGUUGUUUUGGUCGGAUCGUGGGAGGCUGCGUGUCAACAGCUUACUCGUGGCCCUGGCAAAUUAGCCUCCGGACCAACACGGGAAUACAUUUCUGUGGAGGAAGCCUCAUUCACCCCCAGUGGGUCCUUACCGCGGCACACUGCCUGCAGAGGUCCACACGGCCUUCAGCCUACAAGGUGCUCAUGGGUAUCAACACAGAGAGAGCCAAUGAGCCAUCCAAACAAGAAAGGAACCUCAACAAACUCAUUCUGGGACCCAAUGGAGCCGACAUCGCUCUACUCAAACUGGAGAGGCCCGCACUAAUAAAUGACAAAGUCCUCACAGUUUGUCUGCCAGAAAAGGAUUACAUUCUUCCCAGUGGAGCUGAGUGUUAUGUUACCGGAUGGGGUGAAACUCAAGGCACCGGGGGUGAUGGCGUUCUGAAGGAAACCGGUUUCCCCGUGAUUGAAAACAAGAUCUGCAAUCGUCCAUCGUACCUCAACGGCAGAGUGAAAGAUCACGAGCUAUGUGCCGGUAACAUCGCAGGAGGAUCCGACAGCUGCCAGGGUGACAGCGGCGGCCCUCUGGUGUGUAACUCCCAGAACAGGUACGUCCUGCAGGGUGUGACCUCGUGGGGCCUGGGAUGCGCCAACGCCAUGAAGCCCGGCGUCUACGCCCGAGUCUCCAAGUUCGUUGAUUGGAUCGAAACAACCAUCAAAAACAAUUAGUCAGAAAGUGAUGGUUCAUUGUGCUUUUUGAAGAUACUUUGUAUUCCAAAAUUGUUUUGGUGCAAAACGACUACUUACGUUAUUUUGGUAUAAUCUGAUGUUAGCGGCGGUUUGGGGGUGGAAAUAUAACAGGUAGAUCAUGUUCCUGCUUUGGAUAUGUUGAGCUUUUUUCUGUCAGAGUUCAACAAUAAAAGUAAAUGC